GAGUUCCCCGAUAAACCCGAGUUGGCUGCCCACGCAAAUGAGGGAUUGUUGACACAGUCGGCAGGUUUAUACGUGCCCCUGUACCUUUAAGAGCCCACUCCAAAACGAAAAUGCUUUUAACCCAUUUUAAACAGUUCAGAUGUCCUUGGGUUAGUCAAAAACAGUUGUUGGGUUUUGUUUUGUUUGUUCCAAAACUUAAGAAGUAGUGUUUUGCAGGCCUGUAUUUAUAAUAAAAAGAUCAGAGAAAAGACGAUGUUUUCAGUUCCUGCGCUUUCAGCUUAGCUGGUUCUGCCUCUUCAAACAGCCAAAAAAAAAAAAAAAAAAAGUAUUUUUGCACAAUCGGGAGUGAGUGGGCGGGCAGUGGAUUGGAAAGAAGGAAAGGUGCCAGGAACUGGAUAGGGCGAAGCAUUCAGACAGCGAAAAGAAGUUUACAGUUUACCACGACACAAAAGUACGAUUGCACUGCAAACAUUCCCGAAUGGCGGAAAAGAAAUGCACAGAGGUGGAGAGUGCCAUCGACACGCUGGUCACUGAGUUUCAUAAAGCAGCCAACGACGGAGCCACCAUGAGCAGCGCUGGACUCGCUAACCUGGUCUCCAGCCAGCUUUCCAACCGAGUCAAGAACUCGGGAGACCCGGCAGGCAUGGCUGCCCUGAUGAAGCAGCUGAACAUCAAGGACAGCGAAGGGAUCACGUUCCAAGAGUUCUGGGGGCUGAUCAAACAGCUGGCCACUGCGGAGCACGAGCAGAGCUACAAGCAGAAGAAACUGGUGGAGUGCAGAUGCAGGCUGGUCUGAGCCUUCAGCACCUGCACCCUGCCCCCUAUCCACACACCUGCACCCUGCCCCCUUUCCACACACCUGCAACCUGCCCCCUAUCCACACACC